AUGUCACAUCCCGCAAUCAGGUUCCAAGAUCAAAUCAAAAGUGUUAUUGCGACCUUUCUAAGUGACUCAAGCACUCCUAGCUCCAGAUUAUCAGCCAUCCUGGCCAAAGACUGGUGGUACACUCCAAGAUACCAAGGAGGUCUCGGUCUCACACAAAUCGAGGACUCUGUGAACGCACUACAAAUACAUGCACUUGUACGUGUGAUUAACAGUGUGCGAAAAUACCAUCACUCACUUCCCAGUUGGAUGUCCCCUGUUAUUAAGGUCUUUCACCAGGCGAUGACGCCAAGGGGUCGGCCUCUCGAUAUCCUAUAUGCUUGA